UUGUGCCCCCCCUAAAGAAUGUUGCACUUUGGGAUGUUGCUAUCUCCACUCACCCCCCUCCCCACACCUAUUGUCACUUAUCUUUUGGAACCAUUGGUACCUCUGGUGCGUCGUCGCGUUGGCGGUGGUGUGCGGAUGUGGCUGUGGCCUCUGGAAAAAGAAGGCACGUCCUCAGAGGGAGCCCUCAGAACCACCGACCCCUGAAUCUUGCUUCUAUCCUCCUAACUACAGCAGGUGCUCUUCAUUCCACCAGCCCCCACCUUACGCCGAGGUGACAUCGAAACCCGACCUGUACCCUCUUGUGAUAAGCUACACGGAAAACGGGAAGACAGGUAGCAGUUACCUCAUGGUCCAAUAUUUUAGGAAUUACAUCAUGCGACCUGUCGGUACUCUAUCCGCCACAAGCACUGCAGAUUCACUGAGCUCAAGCUUAUUUUGUAGCGCCACAAACGAGGCGAACAGCUUAAUUCCUCCGCCAUAUUCAAGUGCCCCUGGAAGCAUGGAGCAGAUCAACGAGCAGUCUUCUCCGACCAACGAGGAGACGACGCCAUGCAUAGUGAGCACGGAGAGCGAGCGGAGGCAGGCGCGCCCAUCUCUCUGUGGCCUUUCAAACGUUAGUUCUCUAUCAAUUGCCCCGCUAGACUCCCCUCCACAAGCAACAACACCUACAUUAAGCAAAAACCCCUCUCAACAGGGGAGCAGCAGUUCCAGGAACAAGUACAGAGGGCGAGGUUGGCUCAGCAGAUCGGCGCCGACGACGCCUUCCUCCAGGCUGACACCCUCGUUUCCGACAGGAGAAAGCAGUCCGCUCCUUGCCGCAGACAACGACACGAUGUUCUGAUCCGGAUAAGGCUUCGUAGAGAAUUUUACAGGAGGCUGAUCAACAGAUCUGAUCUGUUCAAUCUCGGUUCUUCGAGACGCCAAAUUGUUGUAUUAGAAAAAACGGCCUAGAAUCGUGACGAUCAGCUUUUGACGCCAAAUUUCUAAAACCAACUCUCGUACCACUUGCAACAUAAAUUCUAUAGGACACUAUGAAUUAAGAGAGCUAGAGAGCUAUAGAGAGCGAGAGAGAGAGAGAAUGAGAGAGAGCGAGAGAGAGAGAGAGUUCGA